AUGCCUAAAUUAAAAAAUAAUUUAUGUCAAUUAAGCAAAAGAGGAAGUUUUAAUUUUCACACAGUUUUAUUUACAACAAAUAAUAAAACAAUACUUACUCGAAAGAGCACUAGAGGUUUAACAAAAUCUAAACUGAAUUAUCAUUUAACACAACGAUAUUUUAAAAAGAAAUCUUUGAUUAAACUGAAUAAAACUGAAAAUAAAAAAUAUAUAUAUGAUAUUAUUAUAAAUCCACCAGACUCUUCUUCAGAAUUAAACUUUACUGAAUUAUCAUAUACAACAAAUGAUAGUUUCGUUGAAAAAGAUGCUCAAAAAAAUAGUUUUAGUUUGACAUAUAUUACUAAACAGAAUGGUACGAUAGUAGAAAAUAAUAUUUUUUUUAGCGAUGAAGAAUUACAAAUCAAUAAUAGUGAUGAUGAUUCCGAUUUGAUUACAGAAAAAGAAGCAUUAUUUAAUAUAAGAUUAUAUAAAAAUAUAAAUAAUUAG